AUGGAAUUCCAACUCAAGGACGAUCUUAAAUAUACCCAUACAUCAACAACCCAGCCUCGUAAAGAUGGCUCUAUACCUAAAAAUGCUGGCAAGAAAAAUAUCAUCAUUGUAGGUGGUGGUAUCAUUGGUGCGUGUACUGCGUACUAUUUAACCAGACAUCCAAAUUUUGACCCCUCGUUAUACCAUAUUACCAUUUUUGAAGCAACAUCUGUGGCUUGUGGUUCUUCUGGUAAGGCUGGAGGUUUAUUAGCAGCCUGGGCCUUUCCAGAACAGAUUGUGCCCUUAAGUUUUGAUUUACACCAAGAAUUGAGUGAUUUAUACGAUGGUGAAGAAAAUUGGGGGUAUAGACGAUUGAAUAUCAUUUCAUUGGAGUCUAAUAUGAGACGAUACAAGAAAUUCAAUAAGAAUUUGAUGAUGAAUGAUUCAUUUGAUAAUGAUUCUAUUGAUAAUGAGAAAGAGUUGGAAGAAUUGAGGAAAAUUAAUCAAAAGAGAAGAGAAGAGGAUAAGAAAAAGCCAUUCCCUUCCAAGAGAAAGGGCUAUUUCUUUAUCAAUGAUGAUGAAGAUGAAGAUGAAGAUGACGAAAAUGGAGAUUCACAAAGAAAUGAAGCUCAAAUAUAUGAAUCACAACAAAAUUUUGAAGAAUCUCAUACUCCGAAAUCCUCUCCAGGAGACAUGUUGAAUGAAGAAGUAGAGCAACAACAACAACAACAACAGCAACAAACUCAUACUCCACAAGAAGAAUUACCUCAACAGAUAGAUCAAUCUGAACAUUCAAGAACCCCUGAGAAUCCAUCGAUGAAUCCUUUACCUCCACAAUUGAAUUGGAUCAAGACUCAAGGUAUUAGUAAUUGGUCUGCUUUAGGUGAUACUGAUACUACAGCUCAAAUCCAUCCUUUUAAAUUUACUCAUUUCAUCUUACAAAAAGCUAUGGAAACAGGUGCAGUAGAUUUGAUUUCUGCCAAAGUAACAAGAAUUAUUAAAAAUAGUGAUAAUUCAGUCUCUGGUGUAGCUUAUGUUUUAACUGAAAAUGGCAAAAUCCUUAAUAAUAAUAAUACAAGUAAUAAUACUACAAAUAAUUCAAAUAUAACACCAAACAGCCAACCAAGUAAUGAAACAUCCCCCAAUACUAGUACUAAUGAACCUUCUUCCAUUGAUUUCAAAAAUGAACUAGAAAUGGUAGAUGCAGAAAAUGUAAUAUUAACAAUGGGUCCAUGGACAUCUAAAUUAUUACCAAAUUGUCCAAUUUAUGGGCUAAGAGCUCAUUCAAUUACUAUUCAACCAAGUGUAGAAGAAAUUUCACCAUUUGCCAUCUUUACAGAAUUAAAAAUUGAAGAUUCUAAAUAUUUUUCACCAGAAAUUUAUCCAAGAACAGAUGAAGUUUAUGUCUGUGGUGAAGGUGAUACAAUGGUAGAAUUACCUGAAUUGGCUAGUGAAAUAGUUAUUGAAAAGGAAAAAUGUGACGAAUUAUAUUAUUAUGUUUCUAAAUUGGCUCCUACAUUAUCAGAAGGUUAUAUUAAGACAAGACAGGCAUGUUAUUUACCUGUUUUAAACGUUUCUAAUAGUUCAGGACCAUUAAUUGGUGAGACUAAUUUGAAAAAUCUUUUUGUGGCAAGUGGACAUUCAUGCUGGGGUAUAAAUAAUGCCCCUGCAACUGGGAAAUUAUUAGCUGAAUUAUUAUUGGAAGGUGAAGCCUCAUCUGCUGAUAUUUCAGCUUUAAACCCAACAUUAUUUUUUACGGUAGAUUGA